AAAAAGAGGAAAGAAAGAAGAGAAAAGGUAAAAAGAAACAACAUUGCAUUCUUGGUACGUUUUUGGUUGAGAGGUUGCUUACUGUAGAACACACCCUACAUAAGCCCUACAUCCCAGGUCCGUUCCUCUCCGAGGCGUCCGAUCUGCGCGUUCUGCCGCCAUGGGCACCGUCGAGCUCGACUCGGAUGACGAUGUCCAAGUCCAAGCGCUGCCGACUCCCGCGGCAAGAACGACUCCGCCUCCCACGGCGGAGGGCGGCUCCACAUCGAGCCGAAAGCGCAAGGAGCGAGUGGAGGCCAAGCCGGCAGCGGCCUUGCCCUACGGUUGGAUACGAAAGCAAUCGAAGUCCAAAAAGGGAGCCUAUUACUAUGCCAAUAUUCUCACAGGCAAAACCCAGGUACAAAGGCCUGGGCCAAGAAGCAAAGAGACUCGUGUGGGCGCAGGCGCCGAAGGAACGAAAGAAGUGAAGAAGAUGGCUCCUGAAGAAGUGCGGCAAAGGCAAGCUGAGUUUGAAGCAGCUGAAGCAGAAUUGGAAGCAGCAAAGCGCCAGGCUGCUGAAAGGCGUGCUGCUCAGAAGGCAGUUGUUGAAGCAGAGCCGGUUGAGCAUUCGGAGGAGGAGCCGGGCUCACAGGAAGAAGAGAUAACGGGAGAGGACCUAGCCAAGUGGAAAGCACAGGAGGAGCAGCGUGAGAAGAGGGAGGUUCAGCUCAAGACCAUGCCGAAUGCCAGUGAUUUGCCACCAGUGCCGCCAGUCUUGGAGCCAUGUUUGGAUAUCUUGAAGGACGACAAAUGGGUGGAACGGCAUUCUCUGUCCGCCGGCCAGCAACGCUGGACACUGGGCAGAGCUGUUGGAGAGGUGGACUUCGUGAUGAAUCACCCGAGCAUUUCCAGGCAACAUGCUGCACUAUCUAGAGGAAGUGCAGGCAUUUACCUGAUGGAUCUGAAUUCAGGACAUGGUAUAUUUCUAGAUGGACAGAGGAUCGAAAAGAAUCUUCGCGUGCUUCUGAAACAUGGAGCAGCCAUCCGAUUUGGAAAUUCCACAAGGCUCUACUACUUCCAUGAGCCACUCUGAAAUCGUCCCAAGAGGACAAUUCCGAGGCUCAAAGAAGGCCGAGGCUUCAGCGCAACAGAAAAGGCCGAGGCUGCAGCUUCAGCUUCGUAGAUUUCACCGUGUAUACCCUGUAUACCUUGUUGGAACCUGAUAUGCAUGUGGAAUGCAGCUUUUGGGUUACCCAUGUGAACUGUGAAGGGACCAUUGACC